UCCUUAACAAAAACAUUAAAAUGAAAAUACUAACAACAUUUCAUCCCCACAUCCGGAUUCCUUUGUGACCACGCAUGGCCAAACCCUAGAUCUGCGUCUUCAAAGUUUCUUUCUUGAAAACCGACAGACGGAGAUGAGUGGCAGCACCACAGUGGCUGCUGGCACCGGUUACCGCCCGCCUUUCACGCCGGUGCAGUGGCAGGAACUCGAACAUCAAGCUCUCAUUUACAAGUACUUAGUUGCAGGUGUUCCUGUUCCUUAUGAUCUUGUUGUUCCUAUUAGAAGGAGUCUCGAAGCUUUAUCCGCUACCUUUUUUAAUAAUCCUAACUCUUUGGGAUAUUGUUCAUAUUAUGGUAAGAAGUUUGAUCCAGAGCCGGGAAGGUGUCGAAGGACCGACGGCAAAAAAUGGAGAUGCGCGAAAGAUGCCUAUCCCGACUCCAAAUACUGCGAACGCCACAUGCAUCGUGGCAGAAAUCGUUCAAGAAAGCCUGUGGAAUCUCAAUCUGCUUCUCAGUCAUUAUCAACACGUGUCACCGCUGUAAGCAGCACUGGUAGUGGUAAUAGAAGUUACCAGAAUCUUAGCAAUGGAACCUUCCAGAAUUCGCACUUGUACCCCACCACGAAUUCCGGGACUAUCGAUUUUGGGAGUAACGCAUCUAAGCUGCAGGUGCAUGCUAGUUCCUAUGGGAUCAACAACAACAACAACAACAAUUUUAGGUAUGAUCAAGGGUUAACUAUCAAUGUGGAUGAUAUAAAUUACUCGUCUGGAGCUUCAAGUGCGAGGGCUGUAACGAUGGAAUCUAAUGCCGACAGUUCAUGGUGUCUUGUGCCCAAACAAAUUUCUUCAACUUCGUUAAUGGAGUCGAGAACCGCCUCAUAUUUACAAACGAAGUCUCCACAACUAACCAUGGUUAAUGCAUUUGAGCCUGUGAUCAAUGCUACUACACCAGGGUCAAAGCCAAGUCAACAACAUUGCUUAUUUGGAAGUAAAAUUGAGUCACCGGUUGAAGUCAAACACGAGCAGCAGCAACACAUGAUGCGUCCGUUUUUUGACGAGUGGCCCGAACAGAGGGAACCGUGGUCGAGUCUCGAAGGAGCUAGUGGGAAGAACUCGUUUUCGACGACACAGUUAUCAAUGUCGACGGCUCAUGACUAUUCUGCACGAAACGAUUGCACCCCAAAUGAUGAUUAAGAAUGGCUACUGAUGCAACUUUGAUUAUGUUGGAUUACAUGAAGUUGAUGCGACUUUUGAGUCUUGCUGGCGUGUUGACUUUUGUGGUCUGCAGGUCAACGUAAACGUAGGCACACUGGUUUAACGUAAGAUGAUGCUUGUUUAAGCACUUUUCAGGAAUAAAUGUUGUCUAUUUUGAAUUGUAUACUAAUAGGUCAUUUUAAUUUUUAAGUUGUAAAACAUUUAGAUAAUUAAUUACCUUUAAUGUCCUUCGCGGAA